CGAAUGUUCAGUCUUCAUUCCACCAGCGGAAACUGUUGCAGGGUUUUUUAGUCUAUUUUCUUUUCUUUUCUUUUUUUUACCAGAAUAAUGCAGUUGUUUAUAUUUGUUUGUGUAAUUUCAUCCAUACUGGCUGAGUCUGAUUCCGAAUGGGAAAUGUUUAAGAAAAAAUACAAUCGGACGUACAACAACGACGAGUACGAAGCCAUCCACCGUGAGGUGUUCAUUAGCAACAAAAAGGCGAUAGACGAGCAUAACGCAAAAUACGAAAAAGGCCUCAUGACGUACAGCCUUAAAAUCAACCAUUUCGCCGAUUUUACACCGGAUGAAAUAAAAGCUCUCUUUGGCAAAUCGAGCAUGGAAGUUAUCGACAAGAGAUGGGGUUUACGAGCAAAGAGGAAUGUUGCAAACGAAAGUAUCGAUGAAUUGGUGCCUGAUUACGUUGACUGGGUGAAAAAAGGUGCGGUAACACCUAUUAAAGAUCAAGGCCUUUGUGGUUCGUGCUACAUCUUCAGCAGUUUAGCCGCACUGGAGAGUCAAUUGUUUUUGAAAAGGGGAAAAUUGGUAUCACUCAGUGCUCAAAAUUUCCUCGAUUGUGCAAAAAAAGGGUACGAAUAUAAUGAAAAUCCUUGCCUCGGAGGAUCGCCCUUAACAGUGUUCGAUUUUAUCGAAAAUAACAGAGGUCUAGCAACAGAGUCGUCGUACCCAUACGAGGAGAAGGUGAACAACUGCACUCAGGAAAAAAUAGAACAUUUUAAAAUUACGAGAGGUAAUUUUGUACCCCCAAACUCGAUAAAAUGGAGCAUUUUCAAAAACGGCCCAGUCAUAACGGCCUACGAUGCCACACAGUUCUCCUACCUUUUCUACUCUUCCGGCAUUUACGAGGAUCCGGCGUGCAAUAGUACCGAUAUAAAUCAUGCAUCAGUCCUGGUUGGUUUCGGAACCGAGGAGCGCUAUAAUUAUUGGCUCGUCAAGAACUCUUGGGGGACCGAUUGGGGCGAGGAUGGCUACGCGAGGAUCGCAAUGAACGAAAGGGACUUCUGUGGAAUUCAACAAUUUACACUAGCUGUGAUUGCACAUUGAUGCAAAUAAUAAUCUAUAAAUGUAAAUUAUGAAUUAAUAACCUGAUUACAAGUUAUUAAUUUAUACCGACUGUAGUACUAAGGGGCACAUCACCUUUUCCUAGAUGGAGUCAGAAAACUUCACUUUUUGUGAUCGUAUAAACGUGCGACAAAUGUGAAUUUCUAAAAAUUAAUCAAAAUAAGUAGUAAUAGUAAAAUAAUGAUAUUCUAAGUCUUAAAAUAUUAUAUGUUGGCUUGUAACUUUUACAAGAAAUAAUAUAUUUUUUCCUUAAAUAAAAGUUUUCUUGACAGGGUAUUUGCUUAGUUGUUAAAGCAAUUGCUGUCAAUGGCCAAUAUUUAAUCUGUCACUAAUUUAGGCUUAAUUUAAUUUUCAUUGCUGUGUAAUAUUUCAAACUGCUCUGUUAUUUUCAAAAGAUACAAAAUGCCCUAUACUAUUUUAGAAUCACUCGAAUUGCAAAGUAUUGACCAAAUCGCUCAUUAAAGACAAUGUACACAAAAUUUUAUCUUUUGUAAAUCCUUCACGCGAAUAGCCUGUCAAUUGGUAACCUGUAAGUAGGCGAGAAAGGAGUCAGAUUGAAAGGAAAAGUGUUAAUAAAGGAGGAAAGACAGUU